AUGCAGCCAGAGAAACAAAGGCUUUGCCCCGCGCCCUGCCGGGCCGUGUCCGGCCAGCCCCCGGAGCCGCCGCGCUGUACCUGCAGCCCUGGCCCUGCCGCGCUUGUCCCCGCCAAGUCUGGCCCAAGCCGGGGCCGCGCCAGGCGUGUGGGGGGCCAAGUGCCCCCCCUCAGGCCCCGUGCCGCUGGCGCAGCCGCGGCCAUUGCGCCACGGUCGUUGCGGCGACAGUCGGAGGCAGAUUGUCAGGCCCAGGGGUUGCUCAUCAACCGCUUCCUCUUCGAGCCGGAGCUGCUCAGCCCGGGCGGCGCCCACGGAGGGAGCGGCGAGGGGGCGGGGGCGGCCCCGGACUCCUUCAAAGCCACGCACUUUGGCAGUUCCGUGCUCCAGCUCAACCUUUACGGCUUCCAAAAGGGGGUGGUGUGGGCUUUGGCCGUGGGCGCUGCCCGGCCGGGCAGGAGCGGGACUUACCCGUGCGGGGGUUGCUCAGUGCAGCUGCCCCGGCCGGCACAGGGGCUGUCCUUGGGCAAGGCUGCUGUGCCGGCAGGGCCCGGGAGCUGUGCCGGCCUGCCAGGGGCUGCGGGACAGUUCCGGUGCACCUGCGUUUGCCACACGCUGGCCCGCUCGGCCGGCAGCCGGCCCAGCCCUGUGCCGUGGCUCGCGCUGCUCAUUGGGCGGCCCUGGGACGCUCGGGGAGGUCUCCGUGAGUGCGUAGCUGCCUCCAGGCCCUUCUGGACAAGUCCAGAUCCUCAAGAGCGUGAGGCUUCCCCAGCAAGUGCCAAGAAAGUGUUUGCCACAUCUGGACUUGGGGUUUCAUCAGGCGAGCCAGGCACACACAAAUUUCAAUUCCAGCCAGAGCUCAUGAUUCCACCAUUUCCUGCGCACCAUCGAAGCACUUCUGCGGCCUCUCCAGAGAACAGCAGCUGCAUUUCUCCAGAGCAGCACUUGCCAGCCAACAUCCCAUCAGCAGCCAAGGGCACUUCAGUCCCCAGUGCUCCAGCUGGCAGUGCUGGUUAUGGCCCAAGCUGGGUAUGGAGUACUCCUGGGGAAGUGGAAUUGCCACCGCUGGAUCUGGACCUUGUUCUGGAGACACUGGAGGAGAUGCUUUCACCAUCUCUGCCUGAAAGGUCUCCCUCUGCUCAGGUCAAUGCUAGUGUUGCCCGUGGCUCUUCAGGAGGGGAGGCUGUGAACAAGGCUGCAGCAGAGGGAGCUUUGCCUGCUUGCAGGAGCUGUGUGAACAUUUGCCAGGAGCCCGAGGAGCUUGAUAUCCAUGUGAUCUACCUGGCCAGAAGGGCUGCCCUGCGUGGGAAGAAGGAUCAGAGGGAGAGCCUGUGACCAUCGGGCAGGUGGCAUCCUCUGUUUAUAGAUACAGUUAGAGAUUUUUUAUCUUGAUUUAUUUAUACAUAUAGUUACAAGUAUAGAUUGAUAGAGUUGUAUUUAUAGGUGUUUCUAUUUAUCCAUCUGUAGAGUUUGUAUGUUUAGUUAGUUAUGGAUGUGAUAGGAUUUUAUUUGUAUGUAUACAGUUAGAUUUAUAGAUUUUCAAAUUUGCAUUUCUAUAUGUAGAGAAUAACAUUUCUAUGUGCACACAGUUCCAUUUCUAAAUGUGCAUAGUUAUUUAGCUAUGAGCUAUAUGGAUCUAUAGGUGCAUAGAUUGAGCUGUGUAGGCCUAGGCUGCAUUUUUGCCUCUUUCCCCCCUGGCUGCCUUUUUCAUCUCUUGUUUUUCCCGCUGUGCCCCUUGUGUCCCCCUGUGCUGGGUCCGAGCUGGGGCCGGGCCAGGCGGAGCAGCAGUUGCAGCCCUGGCUGUCCCUGGAGCGGUGGGAGCUGCCGCUGGCCCCAGGCACUGUCCUGUGAGGAGCUGCUGAAGGACGCUGAGACUGAGGGGGCUGAGGAGGCGCUGAUGCUGAAGGGACCUUGCAAACCUUGAGCUGUCCUGAAGAGCUUGAGGACAGGCAGACACUGAGAGGAGCCAGCAGGGAGAAGCUGAAGGCCUGGAGCAAGAG